UGCCGCCGGCCAAUCUCCCGCCGCGCCGCUGCCUCCGCCGCCAUGGGGAAGUUCCGCAAGCUCGGCCGCCACGCCGCCCACCGCGUCUCCAUGCUCAGGACGAUGGUGUCGCAGCUGGUGAAGCACGAGCGGAUCGAGACCACCGUCGCGAAGGCGAAGGAGGUGCGGAGGAAAGCGGAUCAGAUGGUGCAGCUCGGCAAAGAGGGUACGCUUGAUGCAGCAAGACGUGCCUCUGCGUUUGUUCGGGGUGACGACAUUGUUCACAAGUUAUUCACAGAGCUCGCCUACCGCUACAAAGAUCGAGCCGGUGGAUAUACAAGACUACUGCGGACGAGGAUACGGAUUGGCGAUGCUGCACCAAUGGCAUACAUUGAGUUUGUCGACAGGGAGAAUGAGCUUCGAGAAGCCAAACCUGCAACACCACAGCCAUCUCAGCGGGCCCCUCUGGAUCCAUGGACCAAGUCGCGUGCCAGUCAACGAUGGGCAGGUCCUAAAAUCAGCCAGAACUCCAGAGCAGAAGGCUUGUGACAAACCAGAGCAUUAUCUAGCUUUAUUUUGUGUUCUGAGAGGUUCUUUUAAUCUUCAGAAGCAAGAGAUGUUCAACGUCUGUUUGUGAAAGAGUCAAAGAGUUGUAGCUGGCAUCUUACUCUCUUACAGAUCAUUCUUUUACUCUUUACUAAUUGUUGUAAGGUUAGAGUUUCCCUAAUUAAGGAUGCCUAGCUGUGUUGGUAUGAAAUUCUAAUUGCCCUUUCCAUAGUAAACUCUUCAUCAUCUACAUUUCUGAAUUUUGAAGAUCCACCUGGUGAG